CCCUGGACCUGGACUCACGUUAGCGUCAGGCCCCUGUGGCGCGCGACAUCAACCUUCCUCUCCUUCGAAACAAUUGGAAAGCUCCAAUCCCAAAUCGAGUGUGGCCGUAAGACCCGCCUGGGCGAUUCACUCAUUUCUUUCCUAAUGCGGUGCUGGCAUUUUCAACUGCCGACCACACAAUGGACGAUCUCGCCGGUCUGAACUGGUCAGCACCCGGCCAAGGGAAGCCUGCCAGUGCGCAAUCGGCGCCGACGAACAACCCCGCGGUAUCAGCUUACCCUUCCUUGCGCCCGUCCCCGUCCCCGUUCACAUCCGGCCGCAAUACCCCGCUGUCCACCCAAGGAUCCGGCGGCAUCGGGGCCAAACCGGCAGCCCCCAAGCCCGCCCAAGACAGCUUCGGGAACUUGCUCAGCUUCGGUGCCGGAAAGAAUAACGCGAACCUCACUCUCCGCGAGCGGCAAGACCAGCUGGAGGCCGAGAAGAGAAGGAAAGAGGAAGAGCGGCGGAAGCAGGCACAGGCACACUACGGGGAUGGGCGCUUCUUUGACUCGCUUGGCCAGAAUCAAUCCGGCUCGUUGAGGACGUCGUCUCCUGCAAUACCCGCACCGCCAUAUGUGCAGGGGCCCAGUGCGGGGGCACAGCACGGCAAACCGCCAGCUGAGUCGGAUGAUGAUCUAUUCGCAGCGUUUAGUGCCAGCACGAAGGUCGACAACUCAAGCCACUUUCCGCCGCCUACACCGGCCAGCAACCCCUCCCCUGCGAACGCGCCUAAACUAGACCUUGCCAACCCGCAGUCUUGGAGCCAGCCUACCGCAGCUGGUAAGGGAGGUUUCGGCGGCGACGAAGAUGACGAUCCGUUUGGACUCAGCCAGCUCCAAACGAGAGCCAAUCGGCCUCCACCACAAGCUGUUAAGGACGAGGGCGAGGAUGACGACCUGCUCGGCGACCUCGGUAAGCCAGUGGAUCAAGUCAGGAAGAAGGCGGCCCCGGCUUUUACGCGGGAGCCUGAACCAGGGAAGGCAAUUGAAGACUCCUCUUCGGACUCUGAAGUUGAACCGCCAGCGGCAUCGGAUGAUCCAUUCGACAAGGCUGUCGCCCAGCUCGUGGACUAUGGUUUCACCCCUGAAAAUGCGAGGAGGGGGCUCACGGAGAGCGGCGCAGGGCUAGAUGUCCAGGCUGCUGUAAAUUGGUUGCUGGAUGACGCCCACAGGCAGGCGAAGGAAAAGACAAAGGGUCGGGGCGGUGCCAGGGAACAGCCCAGGGACAGGGGGGAGCGAGCCCCAAGUCAGUCACGCAAUGGAGCACCAUCCUGGAUGAGGGAGGGGCUGCCGGACGACGACAUGAGGAGGAACGACAACCGAUCGCCGGCUCCCAUGGACGGGGAGUUUGCCAAGACAGCGGCUGCCGUGGGUUCGAGUUUCCUCAAGUCGGCAAACAGCCUGUGGAAGACGGGGCAGAAGAAAGUACAAAAGGCGGUAGCCGAGUUUCAGCAGGACGGUGACCCGAGCCAGCCAAAGUGGAUGCGGCCUACCCAGGACCAUGGUAGCGGUGGUGGCACAGGAAGACAAAUGGCCGACGUCACUGACGAAGCUAUGAUGUUGGAGUCGGGAGGGCGGCCGGAAGUAAGAUCAGGAAGGCUAGCGCCCCAAAGGCAGGACUCUGACGGUGCCCGGUCCCGUGAACGCUCACCGGCUUUGCCAGCUCGGCCUGGGAAGGGUAGCCAAGUCCCAAAAUGGCAGCAGGCUUCACAGCCCCCCUUAAAUCCGCGGGCGCGGGUGAGCAAACAAACAAGCGAAGAAGAAAGCUUCCAAGCAUAUGUUAGCCCAGCCCGUAGGAAAAAGGCGACUCCACAACCACAACCGGAAGCCAGGUUCGAGGAACCAGAGCCGGAUCUGCUUUUUGGCGCAGCCGCUUCGACGUCCCGAGCUACACCACAAGCUCGGUCUUCGCAGGCAUCUCCAGCCCCUCGACCCGCAGCUCGGCCAUCCCCUGCUCCUAAGCCUGCCCCGCCUCGCCCUGUUCGCCAAAUACCCAGCAUCUCACCCAUUGCUCUACAAAAUUCGACAAAAUGCCGCCUAGAGGGCACCGCACACUUCAAACGCGGUGAUUUCGCGGCCGCUCACGCGUCGUACACGUCCUCUAUGACUGCUAUUCCACCAGAUCACCCCCUGACCAUCCUCCUACUCUGCAACCGCGCCCUAACGGCACUCAAGACAGGCGAGCCGCGCCAAGCAGUCGAGGAUGCCGACACAGCCAUCCGGCUGAUUGGCCCAGGCAAGGGCGAGGGCGAGCAAGUCGACCUUCAAGGAGGCGGCAGCGCGCCCAGCGAAAAGCGCGACAUGCGCGACCUCUACGGCAAAGCGCUCAGCCGCAAGGCCGAAGCCCUCGAGCAGAUGGAGAAGUGGGCCGACGCCGUCACCGUCUGGCAGCUCUGCGUCGAGGCCGGCUUGGGCGGGGCGACUGCUGCGGCGGGGAGGCAGCGUUGCCAGAAAGCCCUCGCGCCGAAGCCGGUAUCGACACCCCGGCCGGCUUCGACGCGGCCCGCGGCCGCCCCGCGUCCCCGACCCUCCAACACCCCCCAGAAGAGCUUCGAGGCCGUGGAGCGUCUGCGCGCGACGCACCAGGCGGCCGAGCGCGAAGGCGACGAGAAGCUCGCGCUGACGGAUAAGGUCGACGCGCGCAUCGCCGCCUGGCGGGACGGUAAGCGAGACAACUUGCGCGCGCUGCUCGGCAGCUUGGAUACUGUGCUGUGGGAGGGCAGCGGGUGGACGAAGGUUGGGCUGCACGAGCUGGUGAUGGCGAAGAAGGUCAAGAUCAUCUACAUGAAGGCUAUUGCCAAGACGCAUCCUGACAAGAUCGCGCAAGAUGCUACGACCGAGGUACGCAUGAUCGCCGGCACGGUGUUCAGCACGCUCAACGAGGCGUGGGAUAAGUUCAAGGCGGAGAACAACAUGUGAGGGGCGUUGUGGUGAUGAUUAUGGCGGGCAGUGCAGCGAUAAGCAAGCGGGUGUUGAAAGCAAGAACUGGCGUGGGUGCGGGUGCAUCCUAGGGCCUCGGGUUUUACCAAAGGCCAUCAUGCUUUAGAUGAGUUUCAACGCAAACAAAUAUACCGAGAGCUGGUUACAACC